CACCAUGUUUGCUAUUCGUCUCUUGCAGAAAGCAAAGAAUCAGCAUCAUAACAAUAAUCAGGUUUAUUUUCAAACUUCAAUUCGUAUACAACCGCGACCUAUGAUGCAGAGAAAACAUUGUUGCAUAAUUGUUUAUCUAGCUGCUCUGCGAAAUAACAGAGGGGAUCACAAUGUGGAAGGCCUUCUCAUAUCUCCAAAGCAGUUGCGGUGCAAAAAUUUGGAGGUUUGGGAUCUGGAACUCUUUAAAGUGGGAGUGCAAUAUAACUGCUUUCCUUGUGAUAACAAAUUUUGGAUGUCUCCUCUAACACAAGUUUAUCAACUCUAACUUUCCUGGAGAUGAAGCUUAUUGUUUUCCCAUCUGACAUUAACACAGUCAGUGGUGAUAGAUUUCACUACUACUUCUGCAUCCGCCAUUAGGUGAAAGUUGUCUAUCUUUAAGCUUUUAAUCCAUUCAACCGCUUCAAGAACUGCCAUACAUUCACCAGCCUCAGCUUCUAUUACUCCAGUAGCAUAGGAUCCCUUGACUCCUUCACAGUUACCUGCAAUAGAAAAGAUCACCAUUCCAGUGCCAACUUCAAUAGUUAAGUGGUUAAAGGAGGCAUCCACAUUAACUUUAGGACCAUUCAGCUCUUCUUGUAUCAGAGGAAGAGCAACAUAUGUUUCCACUCUAGCAGGAUGCAUAGAUAAAAAAAAAUUGUUCAAAUGAUAAUUUAUUCUAGCAACAGUGGAUAUAGGGUUUAGAGAUUUGUCCUGGAAUACGCAAUCACAUCGUUCUUUCCAGAUUACGCAGCUUCCUACCAUUAGAGUAUUCCUCCAGCAGUGAUAAAGAAACAAAGGCAGUGAGCCAAAGGCAGUGAAGAUGAU